GUGGCAGGAGGAGAGCGAAACACGACACCCCGAGAGAGAAAGGGGGGGUUGAGGGAACACGAAGUGAGUGAGUGGAAAAAGAAAAAGUCUGUGCCGGAGAAAGAGAGGGGCAAAGAAAGAACAGAGUUGGCUUUGGGGUUUUCGUUCCUUUCAAGCGCCGCUGUUUUGACUGUCGUUUAGGAUGAUGAUGUGGAGGAGGAAUCGACCAUGCAACAUCGUUGCAACAAACGGGAUGAACCUUUAGUCUCGUUGCAUUCCGCUGCUCCAAUACCGACCCACAGCAGCACGACUCCUUCAAACUUCGACCUGCGCCAUUCAGACCCGGGCGACUGGAUUCCCCCCCAGAGGCUCGGGGCAACUGUUCGCAUCAGACGCCGCAUAACGUUACUUUAAAACAAAUAUUCCGGCACAAAACUUUUUCAACAAACGCCGUUGUGUCGAGGUAAAACGCAGAAGCGUAUGUGAAGUCAGCGGAGUUUUUUUUCCUACUCAAAGCGAGCACAUAAUCGGGGCAGGUUCUCUUCUAACAAGCCACUUGUGAGAACAACACCGGAGGAAGGAGUGGGGUAUCACUGCUAACUUGGCUAAACGCAAGCUAACUAAAGUCUAAAGUUACGAGUCGACGGGGAAAGUGACUGAAGCAGCACGCCGACGACGACAACAAAGAUGAAAACCCCGGCAGACUCGGGGUUUGCCUUUCCCGAUUGGGCCUACAAGCCCGAGUCGAGCCCAGGUUCCAGACAGAUCCAGCUGUGGCACUUCAUCCUGGAGCUGCUGAGGAAAGAGGAGUACCACGACGUCAUCGCCUGGCAGGGAGACUAUGGAGAGUUUGUCAUCAAGGACCCAGACGAGGUGGCCCGCUUGUGGGGGGCGAGGAAGUGUAAACCACAGAUGAACUAUGACAAGCUUAGCCGAGCUCUAAGAUACUACUACAACAAGAGGAUCCUUCACAAGACCAAAGGGAAGAGAUUCACCUACAAGUUCAACUUCAACAAACUAGUGCUGGUCAACUACCCCUUCAUCGACAUGGGCUCUGGGCGAGUCCCUCAGAGUGCCCCCCCAGUGCCAACUGGAGGCAACCACUUUCGUUUCCCCCCGUCCACGCCGUCAGAAGUCCUCUCAUCCAGCGAGGAGCUGCGCAGCCCAGGCAUGUUCAGCAGCGUGGCUCGCCGCAUGGCCCGGGGUUCUGUGAGCGACUGCAGUGACGGCACCUCCACCAACUCGGAGCUAGAGGAGGCUAUGGGGGCCGAUGAGCGAGGCAUGGGGCCUGAGAGGGCGUACAGGGGCCUGCUUCCUCCACGUCUGCCUCAUGAUUCUUUCUUCAGGGUCUACCCGAACCCAGCAGGGCUUGCCAGACAUGGGCCCAGGGUCCAUCCAGAGCCUCUGUCUCCAUUCCCUGUCUCCCCCCUGCCUGGCCCCGGGGGUCUUCUGGCCCCAACUCUGUCCCCCGCCCUGUCCAUGACCCCUACCCCCCACCUGCCCUACACCCCCUCUCCCUCCAUGUCCUCUCCCAUGUUGGGCUCCCACUUCUCCUUCAACCCAGAGGACAUGAAGCACUACCUGCAGGCCCACACCCAGUCUGUCUACAACUACCACCUCAGCCCCCGAGCCUUCCUCCACUACCCCAACAUUAUUAUCCCUCAGCCCCACCGCCCCACCCCAGAGAAGCCAGCCGCCCAUCACCUCCACGGGCAGCAGCAGCACCCGUCACCGUUCUCUCAUUCGCUCAGCCAGCAGCCGGGAGGCGGAGAGGAGGGGCAGCAGCACCCAUCACCGUUCAAGUUCAAGCUGCAGCCGCCGCCGCUUGGACGCAAACAGAGGGAAUCUGGGGGCUCACUGGCUGCUGCUUCUUCCUCCUCUUCCUCCAGCCAGUCCUCCUCCUUCACAGGGUCAAGUCAGAAAAUCAACUCUGCCUUGUCUGCCGGGCCCCCUAAGAUCAAGGUGGAGCCCAUAUCCGACAUUGAGUCAGAAGAAGAGGUGGAGGUGACUGACAUCAGUGACGAAGAUGAGCUCAAUCACAUUGACGAGGAUGACGAAGGUGACCUCUUCACCAGGACAGCUCGUCACCAUCAUCAUCAGCUUAACAACCAUCUCCGAGCUAACGGAAAUGGGAGCAGCCAUUCUGCCCCUCCACACAGUAACCCUGAUGACGACCCUGAUGAUGAUGAGGAGGUCUUCAAGACUCCUGCCACUCCUUCCCUUAGCAGCGGCAGCCUGGCCUUCCCUCUGAUCAACCUGAAGAGUGAGCCGGGUCAGGCAGCUCCCAUCAGCCCUGGAGGCACGCGCUGCAUCCCGCUCAAACUCCGCUUCAAACGCCGCUGGAGCGAAGACCAGAAGAUGGAAGCGGACGGAGAGAGGGACGAGGCAGAGGACAAGAAAGUGAGGGCUAACGGAGAGGAGGAGGUGGAGGGGAAGACAGAGGAGGUGGGCAGGAGAGUGGGGGAGGUGGAGAAUGGGGGAGGAAGAGAAGGAGCAGGAGGUGUUAUUUUGGGGUUGAUGCUGCCACCGCCUCCGACCCAGCGCAGAGCAAGCUCAGAGCUGCAGAGGGCCACAGCACAGCUGUCUCUGGAAAACACUGGCUGCUGAGCCUCAUGCACAUACAUACAUACACACACACACACACACACACACACACACACACACACACACACACACACACACACACAGACACACACUUCUGAGUCUUGUCUACAAACUUAAUAGUUUUAGACCGUUAUGCUUUGUGCUUUCUUGACGGCAGUAGUGUACAUAGCCGGUUCUGUGUGCUUAAGGUGAAAGGUGGAGACAGUAACUGAAAGGUGAUUGUAUAAACACACUUGCAUGUUGUACCAUAUGUAGGAAGUUUGUACAAUAAUUAAAGGAAGCGUCGGGGCACUUUUUCCUGAGCUCAAGCACCACAAGCUCCUUAAAUUACUUGACAUAAAACAAAAGAAAUGUCCCCGCAUGUGUGACAUCUACAUGCUCACAAUGUGUUGAAGGACAAGAUGUUGACAUGAUUACCUCUCAGGUUUUGUCACGGUUUGCAGCAUUAACACCUUUUACUUUGUACCUUACUAUGGUUCAGUACUGUUAGCAAGCAACCACUGGCCAUAUAGCCUGUGUAAAAGCAUAAAGCAUAGAUGUGCCUGUGUAGCCUCUAAUGUUCUGCAAGGCAAGACACCUUUGUGCCCCUGGUACAUCUUCAGAUAUGAACACAGCAGACAGUAUUUUUGCUGUGACUUACAACAUUAAGAGAUAAUCAAACGUAGUUUGUAUAUUUACUUGUGACCCCUUUUUUUAAGAGUCAUACAGAGAGGGAGUCUGCUCUUAACAUCUCUUAGGAAUUGCACAUUGCCUUUUCAACGCCUCAUAGCGGCAGUUAAAUCUGCCAGGGAUCACCUCACAUCACACCUGUGCCCAGAUUGUCUUUUAAUGGGUCUGUUUGUUUAUCUGGUGCAGUGAAACUAAUCACAGUCAACCUAAAGCAUACAAAGGCAGCCUGGAUUGUACAGCAGUAGAUGGACUGAUUUUCUUACCCACAUCUGGCUCACUUGAAGGUAGUGAGCCCUCCUACUUACUUCUCCCUCUCUCCUCAUUUGUACUCACCGUAACAGACAUAUAGAUCCUAAUGUUACUAAAACACUUUUAACAGCCCUGAUAGAGAUUACAGAAGUGCCUGUCUGUCUGCUCGCAUCACCAAGCAGUCGUUUACAAAAUGGAGGGCAAUAAGAAAAGAAAAAAAGACCUUGCUCCGAUGGAUCUUACAGACUGAAGAGGGUGAUUAGAAAAAGCUCUCCAAUCAGUCUUUUCUCCAAGACACAACUCAGGACACUAUCAGACUGCAGACUGAGUUGAGUGGUCUCUUCAUCCUCGCGCUCAUUCACUACAGUGUAUAAAGACAUGAAAUGAGGGUGGAAUUGUACAUCUUGACGACAGUCAAAGUAAGUCUGAGUGAGUAGGAGAGGAAGAUUGUGAUGAACUGGCUUUGAUCUCUCAACCUCUGACCUGCCACACAACACAUUUGUUAGCCAGCAGAUGGACGUGGUUCCCGCUGUUCAGAGCAAUCACCUGGGUUUCUGAGGAAAGAAAUCAGUCUCUCCUUUUCUCUUCACUUGUUGAGGAAAAGAGAGAGGCUACUAGAACGGCUGUAAUUAAGAGACAGACUUGUUGCUGUGUGGACCCAUAGCUGGUGUAAAAACAUCAGACCUCGAGGAUACAGAGGGUGUCACGGCUUUUCGUGUCCCUGCGUGACUUCGCACAAUCUUAAAAACAGGGUUCGGUGGUUUGAGGGCAUUCGUAGUAUUUUCUCCCUCUAACAUACAGAUCAGCAGCUCUCUUCUGCAUUCCCCCUGUUUUUUUUUUAAAGACUGUAUUCUCUGUCAAAGGAGGCUUAUGCCUCUUAAGAACAUGGACAGUAUUUUAGGGCAUUUGCAGUGAUCUGAGGACUUUCUGUAUUUUGGAGAUAAUGGCCGGAUCGGUUCAUGUGAUGUUUUCGAGAAGCGACGAUUGAAGGGGACUGAUUUGUCUAGGGCAGAACGGGGAACCAUGUAAUGAAUGUCAAGCAUCAAGGUUAACUCAGGCAAACGUUCACUGAGAUAUCGAGAAACACACUUAUUUUUAUGACGUUUUACUCACAUACACAGUUCAAAAAGGA